GGUGCGAGCCUGAUUCGUGGGGAUAUCAUAGCGAUGAUGGAGAUUUUUUUAAUUGCGCAAUAAUAAACCACCCAUACGGUCCUACGUUUACAACUGGAGAUACUAUUGGAUGUUGUUUAAACUUUAUAAAUAAGACCGCAUUCUUUACCAAAAAUG